AUGGCUCUCACUUUGACCACUCUCUCACACCCCGCUGGCGACACAUGGAGUCCAUUGUCUCACUCCCUCCAUCUUCUCUUAUUCACCUUCAAAUCUUCCUCAUUUUCGAUAAUACCUGACAGACAUGCAUGUGGUGAAAACCCCUCUCGUGUCUAUGGCAUGACACGCCUUGACUCUGGGUGGAAUUUCCACACCGCCUACGACAGUGCCCGAAAGUUGUGCGACGCUCAAGACAAUUUCUGCGCCAAAGCAGAGUCUAAUUCCUGGGACGACCUCGUGGGAAAGGCAUUUCCUGAAGACCUGCAAUGGGAAUCCCUUGUCGAUUCUGACCACCCGGUUGUCAACUCCUGCUACCUCCUGAACGAAGCCGCCCAAGUGCACUAUUAUGGCCUUGACCCCGCACUCGCGCUCCUCUCUGGUACGUAUACUCCUGCUACUGCCAUGGGGAUGGGCCAUCAGAUUGCAAUGCUCAAAGCAGUCGCCAAGGGGCCCACCACGUCCCCACACACGCCCGAUUUCGAUUCUGAGAAGGUGGCAGCCGUCGCGCAUGAGGGUGUUCCCCCUCUUGAACCUCGGAACGUAAAAGGGGCUUUACAUGGGCUCAUGUUUGGUGGUCAGAAUUUGCUGCCAGCCUAUUGCGGUGGCGUCACAACGGCCAUCACUGCGCCCUCUGGGACCUUCCUGCAGGGCGUAUCUACUGCAUUCUCACCUGGAGCUGUGCAUGCGAAUGUGGAAAAUGCGAGUGUUGUUGAUGAAGUCGCAUUACAUGUGGGCAUAAGCAUGUCUUCAAGGAUAGGUGUAAGUACACAGAUAGCGGCGCUUAGGAAUAUGUUGUUUAGGGAGGGUAGAGAUAAAGUGCUCAGGAGGGUUAGAAAGGGUAAAGCCACGCUCAUUGUGGACGUUGAGAGUGCAGACAUAAUGGCGAUGCUACUUCGGCUCAAAGAUGAGUACGAGGCUCAUUCCGGGAGGGAGCUUCAUUUGACCUUCGCGGGGGCAACUGAGGCUCAUCUCCUUGCACACGAGAUUAGCAAGCCAUUCCCGUCGACUUGGGAACAGCGGAGGAUACUUGCUGGCCCGCCGAUAAUGCAGGAGAGUCUGGUCACUGUGCUUUUGAAGGCAGGCGUCAAUGUAGCCAUUGGAGUUAUUGAUGAGUACAAUGCCCGGAAUACAUGUUUCGAGGCCGUUUGGUUCCUCCUAACGUCCAAUGGAUUUAUUGAUUGCACAACGGCUCUCGCGCUCGCCACAACAAACCUCGAGAAGGCGCUCGGAGUGCAGAGGGAGAUGCCUCAGGACCUUGUGGCAUACCGUGAUGAUGAUGUGUUUGAGUUUGAAGCGAAGGUGAUGGGUGUUCUAUCGGAGACGUUGGGGCAAACAGAUUUGUUUGUGUGAGCAGCGUCAAAGCUUUAUUCGUAAUCUCUGAGC